CUGUUUCUACCUACAUAGUACUGCACAAUCUUUAGACCGAAAACACAGAAUCUAAUCCAUGGCCGUCCCCUACCCAAUAAUAAAGUUCACUUCUCACUUUCUAUCUCCUCCAUAUUCCUUCCUCCUCCACUUCUUCUUUCCUUAACCCUCACUCCCCUAUCUUUUCACUUUCCAAUUAUGGCAACUCUACAAAAAUUCAAGCUAUUAGCGACCCAAUGUGCUGUAGCAGCAGGAAGCCCAACUCGAAGCCCAACAACUAGCCCAGUCAUUCACCUCCGCCGCCGUAAAACUCUCCGAAUGCUCCUCACCCGCAGCGGCAACGCCGGCAGCGACAGAGGAAGUGAUCGACGGCUAUUGUCCGAGGACGAUGCGUCGCCGGAUCGGAUUUUCAGCGACGGAGAUUCGCCGGAUAAAAAGGAAGUUGUGGUGAGAAACAAGCUUAAGGAUUUGUUCGUUUCGUCGCCGGAAAAUUCGAGAGAGGGAUUUUCACCGGAAAUUUCUAGUGCCGGUGGUAGUAUUGGAUCGGCAGUUCGGAGAAGUCGGCCUUUGACGGCGACUUUCCGGCGACGGUUGCUUAGGAGGGUUUGGAGACCUAUGCUUGUGAGUAUACCUGAAUAAUUAAAUUGGAAUAUAUUGUAUUAGCGCUAAAUGCGCCGAUUAGAGAAUAAAUAAAGUAUGUUUUGAAUCCUA